AUGUCGGGCUCAUCCUCAGUCGCUAUCUCGAGCACGCCGCGGCAUGUUCGUUCGAGAACCCAAAGCAUCUCGAGCGAUCGCCCGUCAACGGUCGGCCAUAAUCUCAUGUCGCCCCCACUCUCUGUAACACCUGAAGCAGUGUUUAUAGCUGCUUCUGCUGCUUCGCAAAUUGUCACUAAUGACCACGAUAGCCACUCUGAGUCGUGGUAUGAUGAAAUGGGGAUCGAGCCUUCGGGGGAAACUGCUUUAGUUUCACAGAGUGCGCUCCAAUUAGCGAAUAACUUUGUUGAUCAGCUUCUAUUCAACAUCAUCGGUAUUGCGCAAUCCACCUCAUUAGCUGCUCUGCGACCCGCCGUUAGCGAAGUAUUGAAACCGAAGCUUGCCAAGGAUGCCAUCAACAAUGCAGACGAAGAACUUCGAGAAUACCUGGGUGGUGGUGAAGUUGAAGAUUUGUCGCAGGCUACAAAUACUGGAUCUCCCCGUGACUGGGACCUUGAACUGGUGUGGAAGAGAACGAGAUUACGAUGCAUGGUCUACUCUUCCCUUGGCGAUAUGGAAGAGGAAGACGAGGAUUACCACAUGGAGCAGGAACACCUCAGGAGCGAGUCGGACGAUAUUAUGUCGGAUAUUGUGUCUCCAGCGGUUGCUAUUUUCCUAACCUCCAUUCUCGAAUUCAUGGGCGAACAGGUACUUGUCAUAGCCGGUCAGGCGGCGUUCAACCGGUUGCGCGUGAAAUACGAAAAGGACUUGAAGGAAGGCACUCGAUUACCCGGAGAAUAUUUUGAUCGCAUUGUAGUCCAAGAGUUAGACAUGGAGCGCGUUGCUUUAGACCGGACUCUCGGAAGACUUUGGCGUUCUUGGAAAAAAAGGAUUCGAUCGCCGUUAGAGCCCAACUACUCCCGGCCCUUCUCGCGAAGCUCUACUGGUGCCACUCAACGGCGCGGAAGUUCAGCGACAGAUCUUGUGCAACCGCUUCCUACGCCUAGAGAUUCCGACCCUGCGCUUGCGGUGCAGGAGGAGCAAGAUGCGGAGGCUGCAAGUGAGGAAACGAGCGAUAAAUCGGAACAGAAGGUAGUCGAGCCAGCCGAUGUGCCUUUACCAGACAGCGAUGUUGAGGCGACGUAUAGUGACGAGGAAAGUGAAGAUGAAAGAGACCGUACCAUACGUCCUAAGAGCUUGGCGGUCUUUUCUCAAUCAACAAAGGCUGCACUAGCCUCUAUUGGGUCCUCGAUAACACGCACUCCAAUUCGACGUGUGCGUUCUCUUCCUUUACGGAAAACUCCCCGAUGUCCUUCCCCUCCACCGACGGCCCGCGAAGUUGAUCCUCAAGCUUCUACGGAGCCAAGCGGUGAUGUUGCAGACACACCAGAGAAGUCUACCGUGGAAUUGACGGCUGAGUCCACCUCUAUCAAAGUAAAUGAGGAUGGCAGCGCUCGUGCGGACAAAUAUCCCAAGAGGGUUAGGGAUUCAGUUAGGGAAACACCGGAGCUUCAGGCCGCCUUAAAUAAUCUGAUGAUUCCCGAAGGUCUCACUGGCGCCUUACCUAUGAUGUCGGCCACCACUGGUAGUGGUACUCCACGGACUAAAGCCGAAGAGGAAGAAAUUGACGAAUUUGCCGAAGAACCUGAGAUUCUGACGUCGUCACGGAUCUCUAUCGGGGGAAGCAUCGGUGGAAGAAGCUCACCCGCCACAUCGGAAUCUGGUAGACCUGCUCCUCUUGUGCAUGUUAGAUCUAACAGUUCACGGUCAGUGCGCGUUAUUGAGGUGCAAAGCCCUCGUAGCCCGACAGCCGGUUCGCGAGGAAGCUCCAUAGAAGUACCGGAGUCUGCCAUGACUAUUCGUGGGGUUUCGACAACGCCUCCGAUUGCCGAAGAGAGUGAUCCGAACGACUCGUCCGCUAUCAAGAGAAAUGUUCUUAUUCUGCCACCAUUGGAAGAUUCUCAAGACAAUAAUCUCCCAAUCAUUCAACCACCUCGAAACCCGAGUCCUUUAAGAAGCGUUCAUUCGCAGUCGUCGCAGUUAUCAGUACCUACCAAAGUGUCGAUCAUAAGUGGCCCUGAUAUUGAGGGAUCUUUCGAAGAGAAGCCCGUAACCCCCUUGAGGGCACCGAGGAACCCACCGCUGCCAACUCUGCCGGAGAGAAGCACAAGCCGACCGGUUUACGGACGAUCAGUCUCCAAUGGCGCACCAUCCCCGAGAUCUGACCGGCGAGGCUCGCCUGAAUCACCGAAAUUCCCGCGCCCUGUGCCAAGCGAGUCCCCCUCUUCUACGUCGACCAAAUUUAAAGCAGUUCGUACCUCCGAAGACGGCAACUCUCGGCGAUCCGAGGAUAAGGCUCGCGACUUCGAACAGCUCAUACAUAGUGGUGAAACUCUACAGUAUACCCUAACGCCCGAAAAUAUGCGUGACAUUGACUCAGGUUCAUCUCAACACAACGGAAGCCCUAAGCUUUCUAAUAGGUUCCAAAAGAACGAUGAAACGAGGCUUACCGAGCGAUCUCGGUCUUCCUCUAUCAAGAGGUCCGCAUCGAUAACGAAGCAGACCAGUCUAGGUUCCCAUCCACCCACAGACCUUCCCAUCACCGGAAAGUACGCGUCGUCUGUCUCGAGUUCGUCCAUCUCAGUACCGCCGAAGAGCCGAUCAGCUGCCGCGCCGCAAGCUAGAGAGGCACGAGUCCCUCGGGAAUCUCUGCAAGACUUUGCCGACUUUAUUCGGUCUACAGGACCACCAGGAGAACACAGCGCCCAGUACAAUCGCGGACACAAGGGUACAGGGAAUAAGCUUAUACGAAGUGCCACAGGACCUUCGCAUACGGGGAAGAGCGCGAGCGUUGACAGCCGGCAGACUAAUACAAGCAUCCGAUCUAACUUUCAAGCCAGAGAUGCUUCUAUUCACUCCUCGAAUGAGAACUCUGACCUCAUAGAUUUUAUUCGGCGUGGACCACCUACUAGCAAUGGAAAUAACCCGCGCAUCCCUCGGCAUGUCGCCCCCUUCCGGACGACUAUGGAUUCGGACCAGCUGCAAAUGAGCGGCGCGGGAGGCGGUAGAGCGGUCGACGCAGUGAUACCCAACAUUCGAAACAGCGAGACGUCGACGAAUUUCACGGAGACGUCGGCCCCUUCAUCCAUGAAUUCUCAAAGUGCGCUUUUGAGCAAGGCAAACAAGAUGCAACACUUCACAGGCAAUAACUUUGACGACGAUGAUAUGGUGCCGAAGAGGACGAGACGUAGAGUUCGUGACCCCUAUGCCAUUGACAUCAGCGAUGAUGAAUAUGACGAUCUGGACAUGACACCAAAGCCGAAACCAAAGAAAGAAGAAAGUCUGAUCGACUUCCUUAACAACUAUCCCCCUCCUCCUGAACCCGAAUCGCAACCUGUCGCUAUCCCGAAGAAGAAAUCUAGCGCACCAAACCUAAUAGCACGUCUGAGGGCAGGUGGAGGUUCCAUCAGCAAAUCGAAUCCCAAGGGGCUUGGCAACACCGAUUCGAGAUCUCUCAACAGCCGAGCCAGUAACGGCAGGGGUUACACUCCUAUCGUCGUUCCGAUGGGGACGGAUAAAUACAGAGGCGAAUCUAAACCGCUAGCGCCGGCGCCGGCACCGACGCCGAUGGGAGCUCCGCCAAUGAUGGCUGCCCCGUCAGGUCGUGUUCCAAUGAAGAGAUUCGAGCCCCGAGAUGCUGUCUCGGUUAAUAAUAGCCGUACUUCCGACCUGGCCAGUUUCUUACGCGAUUCGGAGCCGCCACCACAACCAGUGGCACGGAUCCCUUCUCCCGUCGAAACCAAGAGCAGCGGGUUCUCCCGAAUGUUCGAACGCCGCAAGAAAUCUACAGCAUACUGA